AUUAGUUACUUGUUUACUCCGUUUCUUGAGUUUCAUUUUCUCUCAGCUGAGUAUCGUCCGUAGCUCGAUGUUUUUCUGCUGCAGAAAUGAUAGUUUUGCAUUUAAUCUCGUGUUUUCUGCUGAUCCUGCAGGUUUCUGCUGCUGACGUGGCGGUGACACCAGGAGGAGCUGCUGACCUGCAGUGUCAGACUCCCGGCGCCGCGGCGGCCACCGUGGUGGAGUGGACCAAAGACGGCCUGCCGGCCAGCGAAUACGUCUUCUUCUACCGCAACGGCCGGCCGUACGACAAGUACCAGCACGACUCCUUCAGAGGCCGAGUGGCGCUGAAGAACCGGUCCGGUCCGGGCAGCGGGGACGUCUCUGUGGUCCUGAAGAACGUCUCUGUGCAGGACGAGGGGACGUUCCGGUGUCGGGUUCUGAUGAGCAGCUCUGGGGCCCAGGCGGAGGAACACCUUCAGGUCAGCCGGCUGAGGGUCGCGCUGCGGUCAGGAAGCGAAGCAGGAGGCGAAACAGGAAGUGAAGCAGGAAGCGAAGCAGGAAAUGAAGCAGGAAGUGAAGCAGGAAGUGAAGCAGGAAACGUCCAGAGGGUUUUCACAGACGGAGCAGCGGGUCCAAACGUCGCUGUCGCUGUUGGACUCCUCAUGGUUUGUGUUUGUGUUGCUGCUGGUGUCGGUUUUUAUCUGUACAGGAGAAAUAAAUCUCCUGUCCAUCAGAGGACAGAAGUUGUGUGAAGCUGAGAUCAAGAAAAUCAUUUUAUUUCAGUUUAAAACGUUUUUCAGUGUUUGAGUCCUGAGCUGUAAAAAGCUUCAACCUUUUGGAAACAAACUGAGAUUAUCGAUUAAAUCAGUUUAUUAAUGGAAAUAAUUUGGGACAAAACUAAGCAUUAAAAUAAAAUCACUACAGAAGACGAAGCGUUGAUGUUGGUGAAUCUCCAGGUUUCCUCUGGUUGUGAUGUCAUGUGCAGAGUGUUUAUGUAAAUGUUCAGAUGUAAACAGGAAGUGUGUGUUCAGGUGUAAACAGGAUGUUCAGGUGUAAACAGGAUUGUUGUGUUCAGGUGAUGUGGGUUUAAACUGGAUUUUCUCUAAAUAACCUUUUUACAGUGUAACUGAACUGUUCCUCUAUCUGACCAAACCUUUAACAUUUCUUCAUCUAUAAUAAUCAUAACAAUGUUCUCUAAACUAAAACCACUAUAUUAGUGUUAAAGUAUGUGAAUAUAUUUUUAUGUUUUAUUAUAUUUAACUGUAAAAAAUCAAAGUUUGUGUCGUUUUUCUGUGUUUGCUGCAAAUUUUGGCUCAGAAUUGAAUAAAUGAGUGAAACCUGAACUCAGACGGGACGUAAUGGUUGUUGACCGGUGGGCAGCAGAGCCAUGAGCUCAGCGGCCAUUAACCUGAUAAAGGACCGGUCCACGACCAACCGGACCGGGACCGGACCAGGACCAGGACCAGGACCAGGACCAGGACCAGGACCGGACCGGACCAGGACCAGGACCAGGACCGACUCACUGUUUAAACCAUAAACAAUCACAGUGAAAGUAAAACUCUGACCCGUUUCCCUCCAGAGUUUCAUUUUGGUUUCACUUUGACAGUAAAACUUUCUCUGGAUCGUUUCUCUUCUGGUGACCAGAUUUAUUGGGAAACAUCCAGUUUUAUUAAUAAAGACUUUAGUCAAUAACAACAUGUGAAUAUCAGUGAUUCUCAUUUAUUUACUUCAUGAAUGUUUGGGUUAAUUAAAAAUGAUCCAGGUGUCAGAAGCUGUAGAAACAUCAACUGGUUUCAUUUUCCCUGAAGUGAAACAUUAACGUGUGGAAAAAAAACUUUUCUUUAGAUGAUUUAUGACAUUAAAAACCUUUAAUGCAAAUUAUUGGAAAUUCAAACUGACAGAAAGGUGAGAAUAACAGUAAAUAUACAGAAUAAUAAACAUAAAACUGUUAAAAUCAGCAUUCAGAGAAACAUGGAGAUUAUGGAUCAUUAACAAUGUUUUAAUAUUUAUGAUGAAAAUAAGUGAAAAAUCUCAGUCACUGCAUCAGUUCUUCCUCUGAUCAUCAUCCAGGCAGCAUCAGCUGGUCGAUUAUUGAUUACUGAUCAAUAUUUCAUCAAUAAGAGGAACGUUGCUGCAGAACUGACCUGCAGGAAUCGACUCCUGAUGGAUUCAUGAUCGAUUUCAUCUAAAACAAAAACAUCUCUGCUCUAAAAGCCUCAAAUCACUUUGUGUUUCAGAGGAGAUGAAACACAUGAAUCAGU